GACUCUCAUGCUGCUGCCAGGUCCAGAUGUCUCAUGGGUCCCUGUACGGCCUCCCAUGCUGCUGUCUCCAUCGCCACACUCUGCCAUGUGCCACUUUCAGGUCUCCUCACACACUGCUGGGUGUGUUGAAUUUUUUGACAUAGGGGUGCUGGCAGAUUACGGGCCUCCUAUAGCUGCUGCCAGGCCCCUAAUCUGCCAUAGGCCCCUAUAUAUACCGCCUCCUCAUGCUGCUGCCAGGUCCAGAGUCUCUCAUGGGUCCCUGUACGGCCUCCAUUGCUGCUGUCUCCAUCGCCACACUCUGCCAUGUGCCACUUUCAGGUCUCCUCACACUGCUGGUGUGUUCCAUUUUUUG